AUGAAUCAGUGUGAGGACAGAGAGGAGGGAGCCCCUCCCUCUAAAACCACUCUGUGGGGGGAACAUGACAGCCAGACCAAAGCUCAGAGGUGAGAUGAGGAUCUCCAACUCUCUGUGACUCUUCUCCAUGUCAGAGCUAAGCACUCACAUCACUACACUAUUACUAUUAUUCACACUCAGACCUCUUUCCUUCUGUCUAUCUAAGACCUGAGCAGCAGUACAGAGCAGACUCUCCUGGACCUGCUUCCAGCUGUGUGUCCUUAAAGAGUGACUGGUCAAUGGACAGAUCACUUAAUUUGAAAGAUGGACAUGAGUCUGAUCGUCAAAAGUAAUAAUCUAUAACAGCAGCACUCAAACCUGGAAGAUUUUCAAUGUUCUUGUUUCUUCAUCACAGUUUGUGUUUCUGUCAGAGUCAAACAUGAGAGACCAGACUCUCCUAGACCUGGACCUGGACCUGGAUCUAGCUGUCUGUCCUUAAAGAGUGACUGGUCAAUGGGCAGACCUAUUAAUUUCAAAGAAGGAGAGAUUUGUGAUGAGCAAAGGUGAGCCUUUCAAACUGAACUUUCUUUUGUUGUGUGUGAAACUUUUCAUCCUAACUGUGGUCAGAGUUUUCUCUGUGAGGGUGAAGAUUUUUCAGGGUUUGUGUUUCUAUCAGGAUCCACCAGCAGUAAACAGGACCUGAGCAGCAAAGAACUGGACUCUGCAUGUAUCUUCAUGUGUGUCCCGUGUUUUUAGGAGGAUCCAGCAGUGUUUCUAUCAGGAUCCACUAGAUAGACUCUUAUCACAUGUAACCCUGUGUCUCAUUAUAUCAUAUCCACAACAUUAGAUUCUGUUUGUUCCACAGAGUUCAGCAGCAGAGAUCAGAGGUUCCCAUUGGUCAGUCUGCCCAGGAGCAUCAAACACAGCUGGACUCCAUAUUUAUGGUACGCGUAAAUGUACAAGCACAGCUCCUACUGAUCAUCAGAGCAGACACUCAGUAUAUUUGGAGGUUUCUGGAUUGUUUCCUAUUGACACUGCCAACACCAUCUCUGCCUGAAAUAUGUUCAAACUCACAGUUUGACUGAUUGGAUGAAGCCUUAAAUUUAUGACCUAUCAGAGGUCAGAGGUUAUGGUGGAUGUUCUCACACAGACUCAGACUUUGGAAGCAGAGAGCAGAGUUCACUAACUGAGUGCAGUUUGAGGUUUAAAGAACAGAAAGACGUUGGUUCAUGUCGAUGACAGCUGCUGUUUUCAGCUUCAUUCCAAUAAACACAUCACCUCUAAAGUCACUGCAGACUUUUUCUCCAUGAAACCACAUCAGGAGUUUUCUCCAAUAUGAGGUUCACUUCAUAGAAACUGGACUUGUAGAAGACAGGACCAUCCACCAAGUCAAUUCUGAAUCAGCAUUGUGAUCCAGUCUCCAUGCUGGACUCCGCAGAGCAGCAGACUUUCUGUCUGUCACAGAUGUUCUGAUGUUCAGUUCUACAUUUUGUUCUGUUCCAGCUGCUCCAGGAGAACAUGAUCAGCUUUGUAAAGGAGCAGCUGAAGGAGAUCCAGAGAGUUCUGAGUCCUCAUGAGUCAGCAUGCUUAGAGAGCCAGAGGGAGGAUGAGGAUGAAGAGCAGAGGAGGAGCAGAGAGGCAUUUGUGAAGAUCACUGUGCACUUCCUGAGGAGAAUGAAGCAGGAGGAGCUGGCUGACUGUCUGCAGAGCAGUAAGAGGAUUGAAAGAGAUUUAACAUGAUGGAAAGAAGAAAUGGAGACAACAUGGGAGAGGUUUAUAGUUCAGACUCUGCUGUUCAUGUGAUGCACACAUUUGUAUCACAUCUAUGAACUGUGAGAAACUGAUCACAGCUGAUGAGCUGAAGAGAUUUCAGAGAGAAGGGAAAUCAAAUCCAUCCUGAUGUCUUCAAGUGUAAAUUCAUCAGACUGAUUGUAGCUUCAGAUUAUUCAUCACAUUUUUUUUUUUUUCAUUCAGGAUCUGCUGCUGCAGAGUGCCGACACAAACUCAAGUCCAACCUGAAGGAGAAGUUCCAGUGUGUGUUUGAGGGGAUUCCUAAAGCAGGAAACCCAACCCUUCUGAACCAGAUCUACACUGACCUCUACAUCACAGAGGGAGGGACUGGAGAGGUCAAUGAUGAACAUGAGGUCAGACAGAUUGAAACAGCAUCCAGGAAAGCAGAGCGACCAGAAACAACCAUCAGACAAGAAGACAUCUUUAAAGGCUCACCUGGAAGACAGGAACCAAUCAGAACCGUGAUGACAAAGGGAGUGGCUGGCAUUGGGAAAACUGUCUUAACACAGAAGUGGACUCUGGACUGGGCUGAAGACAAAGCCAACAAAGACAUCCACUUCACAUUUCCAUUCACUUUCAGAGAGCUGAACAUGCUGAAAAAGAAGAAGUUCAGCUUGGUGGGACUUGUUCAUCACUUCUUCACUCAAACCAAAGAAGCAGGAAUCUGCAGCUUUCAACACUUAAGGGUCGUGUUCAUCUUUGACGGUCUGGAUGAGUGUCGACUUCCUCUGGACUUCCACAACAAUCAGAUCCUGACUGAUGUUACAGAGUCCAGCUCAGUGGAUGUGCUGCUGACAAACCUCAUCAGGGGGAACCUGCUACCCUCUGCUCACCUCUGGAUAACCACAAGACCUGCAGCAGCCAAUCAGAUCCCUCCUGAGUGUGUUGACAUGGUGACAGAGGUCAGAGGGUUCACUGACCCUCAGAAGGAGAAGUACUUCAGGAAGAGAUUGAGAGAUGAGGAGCAGGCCUGCAGAAUCAUCUCCCACAUCAAGACGUCCAGAAGUCUCCACAUCAUGUGCCACAUCCCGGUCUUCUGCUGGAUCACUGCUACAGUUCUGGAGGAUCUGCUGAGGACCAGAGAAGGAGGAGAGCUGCCCAAGACCCUGACUGAGAUGUACAUCCACUUCCUGGUGGUUCAGUCCAAAAUCAAGAACAUCAAGUAUGAUGGAGGAGCUGAAUCUGAUCCACACUGGAGUCCAGAGAGCAGGAAGAUGAUUGAGUCUCUGGGAAAACUGGCUUUUGAGCAGCUGCAGAAAGGAAACCUGAUCUUCUAUGAAUCAGACCUGAGUCAGUGUGGCAUGGAUAUCAGAGCAGCCUCAGUGUACUCAGGAGUGUUCACACAGAUCUUUAGAGAGGAGAGGGGACUGUACCAGGACAAGGUGUUCUGUUUCAUCCACCUAAGUGUUCAGGAGUUUCUGGCUGCUCUUCAUGUCCACCUGACCUUUACCAACUCUGAAGUCAACCUGCUGGAAGAUGAACAACAAACAACAUCCUCGAUCUCUAAAAUCUUCAGUGUCAAACAAAAUCGGAAACAUCUCUAUCAGAGUGCUUUAGACAAGGCUUUACAGAGUCUGAACGGACACCUGGAUUUAUUUCUACGUUUCCUCCUGGGUCUUUCACUGCAAACCAAUCAGAAUCUCCUGAGAGGUCUGCUGACACACACAGGAAGUAGCCCACAGACCAAUCAAGAAACAGUCCAGUACAUCAAGAAGAAGAUCAGUGAGGAUCUGUCUACAGAGAAAAGCAUCAAUCUGUUCCACUGUCUGAAUGAACUGAAUGAUGUUUCUCUAGUGGAGGAGAUCCAACAGUACCUGAGAUCAGGACGUCUCUCCACAGAGGAACUGUCUCCUGCUCAGUGGUCAGCUCUGGUCUUCAUCUUACUUUCAUCAGAAAAAGAUCUGGACGUGUUUGACCUGAAGAAAUACUCUGCUUCAGAGGAGGCUCUUCGGAGGCUGCUGCCUGUGGUCAAAGCCUCAAACAAAGCUCUGUAGGUGGACACAUGAGAGAUGAAACUUUACUGUUCAUGAAACAUUGUGUCUGUGCUAAUCACUGAUUCUUCUUCAGGUUGAGUGAAUGUAACCUGUCAGAGAGAAGCUGUGAAGUUCUGUCCUCAGUCCUCAGCUCCCAGUCCUCCAGUCUGAGAGAGCUGGACCUGAGUCACAAUAACCUGCAGGAUUCAGGAGUGAAGCUACUGUCUGCUGGACUGAAGAGUCCUCACUGUAAACUGGAAACUCUCAGGUCAGUUUCUCUUCUGAUUGAGUUUGAUAGCUGUUUGAAUGAAAUUGUCUAAAAUUGGUAACUUUUCCUUGUUUCAUAUAUUUUUCUGACUCCAGGUUAUCAGGCUGUCUGAUCACAGAAGAAGGUUGUGCUUCUCUGGCCUCAGCUCUGAGCUCGAACCCCUCACUCCUCAGAGAGCUGGACCUGAGCUACAAUCAUCCAGGAGACUCAGGAGUAAAACUGCUUUCUGCUGGACUGAAGGAUCCUCUAUGGAGACUGGAUACCCUGAGGUAUAACCAGACAGUAAAUGGGUCAAUUACAAAUAUAUUUGGUUUCUGCUGCCUGAGGUCUUUACUUAGAAUAUCAUCAUUGUGGACCAUCUUUCUGAUGUAGAUUUAGAUUCAGAUUUAGAUCACUUUAUUUUUCCCAAGGGGUCAUUCAGUUUGCAGUACAUGGGUCGUAGCAAAGGACAGGACAUUUGACAUAUUCACACGUUUGUUAAUGUUCAGACAGCUGGUGGGUCCAUCUAUAAAUUGCAGUAGUGGCAUAAAAAGGUAAAUAAAUAAAUGGAUGUAAAUACUUAAAAGAGUAAGAACAACCAUGUACAUUAUGCACAAAAACUCUAAAAGCCUAAUGUUUGAAUGAAUAAAUCAAACCUGGAAUAAAACCAGGUAAAACCAUGCAGAUGAGCCAUGAAACAAGCUCUCUGGUUGGUUAUAACCAGGUGUAUUACAUGCAGAUGUCUGCAGGGAGGUGAAGAUGGUGGAAGAUGAGGAAGAAUGGACCUUAUCCAGUGUUCCAGGUGUAAAGAGGUCUGAACCUGGAUACUCGGACCCUGGUUAUUUCACAGCUCCCUGGUUGAUGAACAGACACACAGAGAUGAUCAGGAGAGAUGGGCUCAUAUUUAAAGUUCAAAACACAGUUGACGGUCCUUUAGCCUAUGUCAGAACACAGAGAAGAUGCUUUAGUACACCCGAUGUGACAAGAUGAAGGUUCACAUCUAGUUUAAUGAUCAGAGCAGAGCAACAUUCAGAUCUCCUCCAGAUCCUUUUUUUUAUUCAUUCAUACAGACCAGGAUCAACUGGCUUCUCUUCUUGAUUUUCUGCUCUUCUUAUUUGGUGACCCAUCAAACAAACCCUCAGAGCUUCAGAGAAACACCUCCUUCAUACAUCCGCCCUCAGUCAGGAAUAUGGACUCAAAGUACUGGCUGCAUAAGUGGGUUAAAUAAGAGAUCAAAUAGUCUUCAUUUAGCUUCAUCAGCUGAGCUCUACAGCUUUACUGUCACAGGUGCUUUAAGUGAGAGCAGCAGCAGACCUGUCAGUCAUGAUCAGGUAAGCUGAGGGGCUAUUUGAGGACAUGCACUGACUUUGCUCCACUUUCUGUCCAUCCCAAACUGCAGGAAAUCUAGCCUGGCUGGGCCAUCCUGUUGCGUGAAUUACUUGAUGUUCCUUCCCACAACAGUCUGGACUUCGGCCCAUAGAGAGCGUGUAUUCCCGAUCAGAAAAUAACCGGGCCAAUCAGAGACCGUGUUUCCACUGUUACCCGGACAACAGGGAAAGGCAGCCCCUGAUUGGUCCAUGUGUAGUGGUGACGUCCAACACAUGCUGCGGGACUUUUCAAAGCUCCGUUCAUUCAGAACGCCGUUAAUUCUGUAGUUGACUCUGCAAACUCGGCAGAAAUCUACACUCACCGGCCACUUUAUUAGGUACACCUGUCCAACUGCUCGUUAACACUUAAUAUCUAAUCAGCCAAUCACAUGGCGGCAACUUAGUGCAUUUAGGCAUGUAGACAUGGUCAAGACAAUCUCCUGCAGUUCAAACCGAGCAUCAGUAUGGGGAAGAAAGGUGAUUUGAGUGACUUUGAACGUGGCAUGGUUGUUGGUGCCAGAAGGGCUGGUCUGAGUAUUUCAGAAACUGCUGAUCUACUGGGAUUUUCACGCACAACCAUCUCUAGGGUUUACAGAGACUGGUCCGAAAAAGAAAAAAUAUCCAGUGAGCGGCAGUUCUGUGGGCGGAAAUGCCUUGUUGAUGCCAGAGGUCAGAGGAGAAUGGCCAGACUGGUUCGAGCUGAUAGAAAGGCAACAGUGACUCAAAUAACCACCCGUUACAACCAAGGUAGGCAGAAGAGCAUCUCUGAACGCACAGUACGUCGAACUUUGAGGCAGAUGGGCUACAGCAGCAGAAGACCACACCGGGUGCCACUCCUUUCAGCUAAGAACAGGAAACUGAGGCUACAAUUUGCACAAGCUCAUCGAAAUUGGACAAUAGAAGAUUGGAAAAACGUUGCCUGGUCUGAUGAGUCUCGAUUUCUGCUGCGACAUUCGGAUGGUAGGGUCAGAAUUUGGCGUCAACAACAUGAAAGCAUGGAUCCAUCCUUGUAUCAACGGUUCAGCCUGGUGGUGGUGGUGUCAUGGUGUGGGGAAUAUUUUCUUGGCACUCUUUGGGCCCCUUGGUACCAAUUGAGCAUCGUUGCAACGCCACAGCCUACCUGAGUAUUGUUGCUGACCAUGUCCAUCCCUUUAUGACCACAAUGUACCCAACUUCUGAUGGCUACUUUCAGCAGGAUAAUGCACCAUGUCAUAAAGCUGGAAUCAUCUCAGACUGGUUUCUUGAACAUGACAAUGAGUUCACUGUACUCAAAUGGCCUCCACAGUCACCAGAUCUCAAUCCAAUAGAGCAUCUUUGGGAUGUGGUGGAAUGGGAGAUUCGCAUCAUGGAUGUGCAGCCGACAAAUCUGCGGCAACUGUGUGAUGCCAUCAUGUCAAUAUGGACCAAGCUCUCUGAGGAAUGCUUCCAGCACCUUGUUGAAUCUAUGCCACGAAGAAUUGAGGCAGUUCUGAAGGCAAAAGGGGGUCCAACCCGUUACUAGCAUGGUGUACCUAAUAAAGUGGCCGGUGAGUGUAUAUCUGCAGAAGAUGUAAUAUAUAUAUAAUAUUACAUCUAUAUAUAACAGUUAUAAUAUAACAGUUUCUGCCGACUUUGCAGAGUCAACUGCAGAAUUAACGGCGUUCUGAAUGAACAGGGCUUUGAAAAGUCCCGCAGCAUGUGUUAGACGUCGCCACUACACAUUGACCAAUUAGGGGCUGCCUUUCCCUGUUGUCCGGGUAACAGUGGAAACACGGUCUCUGAUCGGCCCGGUUAUUUUCUGAUCGGGAAUACACGCUCUCUAUGGGCCGAAGUCCAGACUGUGGCGGGAAGGAACAUCAAGUGAUUCAUGCAACUGGAUGGCCCAGCCAGGCUACAGGAAAUCCACCUGCUGUUCCAGGUGUGAUGCUUUACUCCCUCUGCUAUAGCUGACUCUGAAUGAUCCAAGAAGAGUCUCACAAACUCACAUGAGUUCAUCUGAGAGCUUUCAUUUCAUCUUCAUUCAUAUUUAGAAGAAAAGAGCCCACUACUUCAUCUCUCUAUCUGCAGACAAGGUCUCAAGUCUAUUUAGAAGGAGCUUUUAAGACCAAAGUGUGGACAGCUGCCCUAAAAGAAGAAAUGAAUGAGUUUUUCCAAAGGGUCCAAAUCAAGUCUCCAUGUUGUAGGACAGACCAACAGCCAACCUUUGCUCUUUGAAUCUUGUUUUUCUGGGAAUUUCUGACAGAAAGACUCAGAAAAAGUGACAGAGUGAUGGAGACUGUUGGCUCAGAUGAGUUUCAGCCUGUUUCUCUGUCACAGAGACAAACUGAGGAACUCUGCUUCAUGUUGGACAGCAGGUAGGACUCAUGUUGGACACUCAGUCAUUGUGUUUCUUCCUCCAGGGUGGACCAUGGUGGAGAGCAGAGGUUAAAUCCUGGUCUGAGGAAGUGUAAGUGUGGAAUCAGUUUGACUCCUGAUGACCAAACAGCAGACUGUCAGCUAACAACUAAGAAAGCCUUCAGGUGUGUCUGA